AUGCGCCCGUCUCCUAUCCACAUCUCCCCUCCAGCGCGCCAGCCCUGUCGAUUCAAGCAGCAGGAUGCUCCGAAGCGCAAGGCACUCACAAAGGAGCAGCGCGAUUUCCUCUCCUCUGCGCUCCGCGUGAACCAGUCCGGCGAGCUUGCCGCCACCCUCAUCUAUUCCGCGCAGACUCCCUGCUCGUCUCGAAACACCCGCACCUCCGACCCCAUGAAGCACAUGUACGACCAGGAAGAAGGCCACCUCAAAACUUUCAACGCCAUGCUGGCGAAGCACCGCAUACGGCCCUCAGCCCUUUACCCCCUGUGGCAGGUCAUGGCUACCGGUCUGGGAUGGGGAACCGCAAUGAUGGGCCGCGAGGCCGCCAUGGCUUGCACCGAGGCGGUGGAGACCGAGAUCGGGGAUCAUUACAACAAUCAAAUCCGUACCCUUCUUGAAAUCAUUUCCGAAUGGGAGCGUGAUGGCUAUGAUGUCGGCGACGAGUUGAAGACGUUUCUCAGUACGCUUAGGAGGAUACGGGACGAGGAGCUUGAGCAUCUCGAUCACGCCGUCGAACAUGACGCUAAGAAGGCCGAACCACACUGGUUGUUGACUGGAGCCAUCCGCAUUGGCUGCAGAGGGGCCAUUUGGGUCAGCGAGCGGGUAUAA